AUGGCUGGCAGAACCCAGUGCCGGCUGGCCUGUUACCUGGAGCUGCUGAAGAAGGAGGAACUGAAGGAGUUCCAGCUCCGGCUGCCCAAUAAAGCGCACUUUGGUGGCUCUUCAGAUGCGACACCAGCUCAGCCAGAGACCAGUGGCACGGAGGUGGCCUCAUGCCUGGUGGCUCAGUAUGGGGAGCAGCAGGCCUGGGACCUGGCCCUGCGCACCUGGGAGCAGAUGGGCCUGAAGGUGUUGUGUGCCCAGGCCCAGGCAGAGAUGGACUUGAUGUCAGUGCGCUCUCCCUCAUUCCCUUACUCCCCAAGUGCACCCAACUUGGAGUCCCCCAGCUGGCCCACCUCCACUGCGGUGCUGCAGUUCCUGGACCCUGAGUCCCUGAAGUGCCCCCAGGACUCAGAGAAGAGAAGGAGUUUUAGACAGCUUCCUGCCACGUCAUCUGGACUCAACUGGAGAGGAAUCAGAGAAAGAUACCAGAAACAGAGGAGAGAGAAGCCCUGUCCCACUCAGUCCUGGAAAAAUGAGGAUUUGCACCAAAAAUUCACACAGGUGCUACUUCUACAAAGACCUCACCCUAGAAGUCACCUCCAUCAUGAUGCGGUGGAAGAGCAAGGACAUUUGAUUGAGGUCAGAGAUUUAUUUGGCCCAGACCAGUACACCCAGGAAGAACCUCGCAUAGUCAUACUGGAGGGGACUGCUGGAACUGGGAAAUCAACACUGGCCAGGCAGGUGAGGGGAGCCUGGGAGGAGAGCCAGCUGUACAGGGACCGCUUCCAGCAUGUCUUUUACUUCAGCUGCAGAGAGCUGGCCCAGUCCAAGGCGGUGAGUCUCACUGAGCUCAUCACAAAAGACUGGGCUGCUCCUCCAGCUCCUGUUGAACAGAUCCUGUCUCGGCCAGAGAAGCUGCUCUUCAUCCUCGAUGGGUUGGAUGAACCAAAAUGGGUCUUGGAAGAGCAGAGUUCUGAGCUCAGUCUGUGCUGGAGCCAACCGCAGCCAGUGCACACACUGCUGAGAGGUUUGCUGGGGAAAACCAUACUUCCCGAGGCUUCCUUGCUGAUCACAGCUCGGACUGCAGCUCUGCAGAAGCUCAUUCCUUCUUUGGAGCAACCACGUUGGGUGGAGGUCCUGGGAUUCUCUGAGUCCGGAAGGAAGGAAUAUUUCUACAAAUAUUUCACGGAUGAAAGCCAAGCAAUUAGAGCCUUUAGCUUGGUUGAAUCAAACCGAGCACUCUUGGCCAUGUGUCUCACGCCUUUGGUGUCCUGGCUGGUCUGCACUUGCCUGAAGCAGCAGAUGGAGCGGGGAGAAGAGCUCACACUGACCCCCCAGACCACCACGGCCCUCUGGCUGCGCUACCUCUCCCAGAUUCUCCCAGUUCAGCCCCUGGGGACCCCGCUGAGGGGCUUCUGCUCUCUGGCUGCUGAGGGUAUCUACCGAGGAAAGACCCUGUUCAGUCUAGGUGACCUCAGGAAGCACAGGUUAGACGGAACCAUCAUCUCCACUUUCUCAAAGGUGGGUGUUCUUCAGAAGCACCCCACCCCUCUGAGCUACAGCUUCAUCCACCUGUGCUUCCAGGAGUUCUUUGCAGCAAUGUCCUGUGCAUUGGGGGAUAAGGAGAGAAGCGAACAUCCUGGCAGCAUCAGAGGUGUGGAAAAGUUGCUAGAAGCAUACGGAAGGCACGACCUGUUUGGGGCACCGACUGUGCGUUUCCUAUUUGGCCUUUUAAGUGAUCAGGGGGUGAGUGAGAUGGAGAGCAUCUUCGGCUGCCGGCUGUCCCGGGAGAGGAAGUGGGAGCUGCUGCGCUGGGCAGAAGCCGAGGCCGAGGCCCAGGCUGAGCAGCCCUCCCUGCAGCUGUCCUCUCUGCAGUGGCUCCACUGUUUGUACGAGGCUCAGGAUGAGGAGCUCCUGACACAGGCAAUGGCCCAUUUCCAAGGAACAAGAAUGUGCAUCCAAACGGACAUGGAGCUCCUGGUGUCCACUUUCUGCAUUAAGUUCUGCCACCAUGUGAAGAGGCUCCAACUGAAUGAGGGUGGACAGUACAGACAAGUGUGGAGGCUCCCCAGUGUCGUUCUGUCCACCAGGGUCCCAGUCACAGAUGCCUGUUGGCAAGUUUUCUUCUCCAUUCUUGUGGUCACCGGAAGCCUGAAGGAGCUGGACCUAAGUGGAAACAUGCUGAGCUGCUCAGCACUGCAGAACCUUUGUGAGACCCUGAGACGCCCUCACUGCCACCUGGACUCCCUGCGGCUGGUCAGCUGUGGCCUCACGUCCAGCUGCUGCCAGGUCCUGGCCUCUAUGAUCAGCGCCAGCUCCAGUCUGACGAAGCUAGACCUACAGCAGAACGACCUGGGUGACCUCGGUGUGAGGAUGCUCUGUGAGGGGCUCCGGCGUCCCACCUGCCAACUCAAGUUCCUGUGGUUGGACGAGACCCUUCUGAGCAACGAGGUGAAGGAGGAGCUGAGGGCCCUGGAGGAAGAGAGACCUCAGCUGCUUGUCUCCAGCAGAUGGAAUCCAAGUGUGAUGAUCCCAGAUGAGGAUCCAGAUGAAGGAGAGACGAGUCAUAAUACGUCCUCACUCAAGCGGCAGAGACCAAAAUCAGAGGCCCAGGCAGGAGAACUGCACCUGAUCACUGCCCUGCCUGUUCCAGAGGGAAGCUCCCCACAAAUAACACAAGUGGAACCCUUCUGUCUGCCUUCUCCUGCCUUUCUGGGGGAACUGCACAUUGAGCUUCUGGGGACCAAAGAUGUCUUCUGGAGUGCCACAGGGCCUGUGGCUGCUGAGGUAGUUGACAAAAGCAGGAGCCUGUACCGAGUUUGCUUCCCCAUGGCCGGCUCCUAUCACUGGCCCAAGACGGGUCUCUGCUUCGUGGUGAGAAGGGCAGUGACCAUCGAGAUUGAAUUCUGUGCCUGGGACCGGUUCCUGGGCAGGACUGUCCCUCAGCAUGGCUGGAUGGUGGCAGGGCCUCUGUUUGACAUCAAGGCUGAGCCGGGAGUCGUGGUAGCUGUGCACCUCCCUCACUUUGUGGCCCUCCAAGGCGGCCAUAUAGACAUCUCCCUCUUCCAUGUGGCCCACAUUAAAGAGGAGGGGAUGCUCCUGGAGAAGCCAGCCAGGGUGGAGCCACAUUACAUAGUCCUGGAAAACCCCAGCUUCUCCCCCAUUGGGGUUCUCCUGAGAGUGAUCAACACUGCCCUGCGCUUCAUUCCCAUCACCUGCAUCGUGCUGCUCUACCACCACCUCCGUCCUGAGGAAGCCACCUUCCACCUCUACCUGAUCCCCAGUGACUGCUCCAUUCGGAAGGCCAUAGAUGAUGAAGAAAAGAAGUUCCAGUUUGUGGGAAUACGCAAGCCGCCCCCACUGACCCCUCUCUACAUGGGCUCCCGCUACACUGUGUCCAGUUCAGGAGGGCUGGAAAUAAUCCCCAAGGAACUGGAGCUCUGCUAUCGGAGCCCUGGAGAGUCCCAGCUCUUCUCUGAGUUCUACGUUGGCCACUUGGGGUCCGGGAUCAGGCUGCAAAUUAGAGACAAGAAAGAUGAAACUGUAAUAUGGGAGGCCUUGGUGAAACCAGGAGACCUCAGACCUGCAGCUACUCUGAUCCCUCCAGCCCCAAUCGGCUCCCCUUCACCCCUGGAUGUGCCGUCCUUGCUGCACUUCGUGGAUCGAUAUCGGGAGCAGCUGGUUGCCCGAGUGACAUCGGUGGACCCUGUCCUGGACAAGCUGCAUGGACAGGUGCUGAGCGAGGAGCAGUAUGAGAGGGUGCGGGCUGAGGCCACCAAGCAGAGCCAGAUGCGGAUGCUGCUCAGCAUCAGCCGGUCCUGGGACCAGGGCUGCAAAGAUCGACUCUACCAAGCCCUGAAGGAGACCCAUCCUCACCUAAUUGUGGAUCUCUGGGAGAAGUGGGGUGGCAAAGGGGGGCUCCUGACAGGCUCAGCUGCUGAAGUCUGA